AUGGCUGAACCAAUUGAACCACCCAUCACUCUAUCUAAACUAGCGUCCGAAGACAUGGAGACCUACAAUUCCGUCAAAGUAUCCCUGGCCGAAUAUUGCGCCAAAGGAACCGCUGAAUAUGCGCAAAAGCGCUACGACGAUGCCGUAGAUCACUAUGCGCAAGCCUCCGAAUUACAAGCUGAGAUCAAUGGAGAAAUGGCGCCUGAGAAUGCGGAAAUCCUGUUCUUAUAUGGGAGGGCACUGUUUAAGGUUGCGCAGCAGCAAAGUGAUGUUCUGGGUGGUAGGUCAAGUGGUGAGAACCAAAAACCUAAGAAGAAAAGUGCUGGAAAGAAAGUAGAUACCAUCGAGGAAGAAGAUGAGACCGAAAAGGCGGAAGGGGACGAAACUUCAGAUAAAGCGGUAGAGGAAGCGGUUGCCACAAUUGCGAAUGGAGGUGCAGCCAAGAAAGAGGAGAGUUCUAGUACGGAUUUAAAGAAGCCUUUAUUUACAUUUACGGGAGAUGAGAAUUUUGAAGACUCAGACGAGGAGGAAGAGGCAGAAGGAGAAGGAGAAGGAGAUGAAGACGAAGAGGAAGAUGAUCCUCUCAAUCUUGCUUUCGACAUUCUGGAUUUGGCACGAGUGCUAUUUGAGAAGAGAUUACAGGCGGAUGAGGGUGAGGGCAAAGGAAAGGAGACUGGUGAUAACCUCAUGACUAUUCAUAUCAAAGAGAGGCUUGCAGAUACACGCGAUCUUUUGGGAGAAAUUUCUCUUGAAAACGAAAGAUUUCCAGCUGCCGUAUCAGAUUUCAGAGAAUCGCUAGCGCUGAAAGAAAGUCUAUUUCCAGAAGAAGAUGAACAAAUCGCCGAAGCACAUUACAAACUAUCCCUCGCCCUCGAAUUCGCAUCCAUCACACAAACCGAAUCCGAGGAUAAAAAGCCUAAUGCAGGAGCCGACAAUGUUGACGAGGAGAUGAGAGCAGAAGCCGUUAAGGAACUAGAACUCGCGAUCAAGAGCACGAAACUUAAGUUGCAUAACCAAGAAGUUGAAUUGGCAGAAACGGCCGUCGCAGAAGAUAAUGAUGUUACGAGACACAGAAUCGCCGAUGUUAAGAGUAUUGUUGCGGAUAUGGAGCUUCGUCUCCAAGAACUUCGCGCUCCACCCGUCAACAUCAACAAAGCAGUUGCCGCAGCCCUUGCUCCAGCCGGCGCACCCCAAUCCAACCCCAUGAGCGGCAUCCUAGGAAACAUCCUCGGCGAAUCUGCAUCCGACACCGCAGCACGCGUUGAAGAAGCCACCAAGACAGCCACAGACCUCACGGGUUUAGUCAGACACAAGAAAAAGGAAACAAAGGAUCUACCAAUACAAGCCGCAGGUGCGAAAAGGAAGGCAGAAGAGGAACCAGAAGUUGAAGGUGAAAGCAGUGAUGGGGGAAAGGAGAAGAAAGCCAAGGUUGCUACUGUGGAAAGUGCUUAG